AGAAGACAAAUUUUGACAUCAAACUUCGAUGUUCGAAAACGAAGAAGAAGAAGUGACAGAUUUGACAGUAACAUUACAAGCGGUUUUCUGAAAGUUCGUAAACUUUUUAUUUUCAUUGGUUUUAAAAGGUUUUAAGCUUUAAACAACAGGAAAAUGAAUAUGGGAAACGAUUGGAUGGAUGCUGCCCAUAGUACCGGUACGUCUAUUAUGGCAGCAGAAUUUGAUGGGGGCGUAGUUAUUGGGGCUGAUUCAAGAACCACAACAGGGGCUUAUAUUGCCAAUCGUGUAACUGAUAAGUUAACUAAAGUUACUGAUCACAUUUACUGCUGUAGAUCAGGUUCUGCUGCAGAUACCCAGGCAAUUGCUGAUAUUGUUUCAUACCAUCUUAAUUUCCAUGGUAUGGAAUUGGGAGAGGAGCCUCCAGUAGAAGUAGGAGCUGCUGUUUUUAAGGAACUCUGCUACAAUUACAGAGAUUCUUUAAUGGCUGGUAUUUUGGUGGCUGGUUGGGAUAAACUCAAGGGAGGUCAAAUUUAUUCGAUUCCUAUUGGAGGUAUGUGUGUGAGACAGAAUGUUUCUAUUGGAGGAUCUGGUUCCAGUUAUGUUUAUGGUUAUGUUGAUGCCAACUUCAAACCAAAAAUGUCUAAGGAGGAUUGUGUUAAAUUUGUUACAAACACUUUGGCAUUGGCUAUGUCAAGAGAUGGUUCAUCUGGAGGUGUUGUUCGCUUGGGAAUCAUUACAGAAAAAGGAAUUGAAAGGAGAGUUAUCCUGGGAACUGAUCUGCCCAAAUUCUAUGAAGAUUAAUUUUGUAAUUUUGUCUUUUUUAUUAACAUAAUAAAUAAUUUGGUUUAAGAA